GUGUAAGUUGAAGAAAUUGUUUAAUUAAAUCGGUAUGCAAUCAAGUUGGUAAUAUACAAUAAAUUUAUUGUGAAUUUUGCAGAAUAUAAAUGCCUUUGCAGCUAAAUAAUUGAAACAGAUAACUCCAUUCUGCAGUGUAUAUGACAGAAGGAAAAGUUUUAAGCUAAGUUAUAAUCGUGUAUGAAUAAAAUGAAUAAAGAUCAAGAUUAUCCCUCUGAUAGUGAUGAAAGCGAUAAAGAUUUCUGUCCAGAUAAUGAAUCAGAUUCAGAUAUACCAAGCGAGGAAGAACCCGAUUACAAAAAUUCGGAAAGUGAGGAAGAGGAAAAAAGGAAGAAAGUGAAAAUAUCCGGUAAAAAGAAAGGAGUUAAUUCUGGAACAAAAACCGCUGUCAAUAACUCGUGUAAUACUAUUGAAAGCCCUUCAAAAAGUAAUAUUUCUGAAGAAGAAGAAAAAAAGAGAUCAGAUGAUUUAUGGGCUAGUUUUUUGAAUGAUGUUAAUGAAACAGAAUCGGAAUCAAGAGAUGAAAAAAGAAAAAGUUUAGAAAAAGAAGUUUCUAUAAUUGCAAAACAAAAACCUCAAACAGAAAAAAUUGAGCCAAAAAAGUCAGACGUGACGGAAAUAGUAGAAUUUGCUGGAGAAGUAGCUCAAUUAAAAAACAAACGAAUUGAACUGCCUAAAAAUGAAACAGAGUUAACGACCAAUAAGCAAAUUAACAAAUUUUGUAAAGUUCCUUUUAAAAGGGCUGGCGGUGGUUUAGGCGCCGUUUUAAAUCAAAUAGGUAAAAAAUCAAAAAUAUCGGUAUUAGAAAAAAGUAAAAUUGAUUGGGAAGGUUUCAAAGAGAAAGAAGAUCUAAAAGAAGAAUUGCAAACUUUUAAUAAAGGAAAGGAUGGCUAUUUAGAAAGACAAGAUUUUCUUCAAAGGACAGAUCUCCGCCAAUUUGAAAUUGAGAAGAGCAUGCGUCAAGCCCGAAGAAAAUUUUAAUAAAUUAUUUUACAUAAUCUUAUAAAUAUGAAAAGAUACUGAUAAAUUGUAAAAACGUAAAAUUAAAUAGGUAAUUUUAAGUUUAAUAUGAAUGGAAUUUAUAUAAAUGUGCAUGCAUUACGUAAUGACUGAACACUAUUAAAUGCGUUUGAAUUGGGUUCUAAGGAAAUAAAAAAAAAAAAACAAAAAGCAACAAAUUUAAUUUACUACUAUGGUUCACAAAAUAAAAAUUGCAAUAA